ACCAAGUAGGCGUUAUCAUGGGCUAAUAUCUAUCUAUUGAAUAGUCGGAUAUCUAUUCUUGUUCGAUGACAUGUGUUGUAAAUGAGUCAAUGUUUCAAUUAGUUAAUGCAUAAAUCAAAACUUCUCAUUAAAAUAUAUCUUAUAAAAACAAAGUUUGUUAAGAUGGAAUACGGACAAGUUUUACUUUUCUUUAUAUCAACGUCUGGAUUAAACGCAGCAUAUACACCGAUUGGAUAUCUUGGAUGUUUCGAUGACUCGUCGGUACAAAACACAAACCUUGAUAUUAAAUUGUCAACUUCUGAUACCAACAGUGGCGAAGAGUGUAUGCAGCGCUGCAGCACCAAUGGAUACAGAUAUGCAGGAACCAAAAUUGCCAGGCAGUGUCAUUGUGGUACAAGGAUCAAGAAUAACCAGCAAACAUCUGGGUGUGUUGUUUUAUGCACCGGCAGGAAUGAUGAAUAUUGCGGUGGACCUUUGCAGAUUUCUAUCUACGACACAUGGCAGUGUGUUAGAGAGCCGUGUCAAAAUAAUGCCAGGUGUAACGACAUUGAUUCACGUACUUACACUUGUAGCUGUAUAGAAGGAUGGCAAGGAGAAAACUGUACUCAGGAAGUUCAAAAACCACCCGCGUCUUCAACCUCAGUAGCAACUACAAUAAGGCAAACAGAUAAAGAGAUUUCAAAAUCUUCAGUAUUUUAUACAACACCGGACAAUUCAAGAACAACAAUACCAGCUUCUUCGGCAUUGCCUUAUACAGGAGUUCAAAAAUCAAACGCGUCUUCAACCUCAGUAGUGACUAAAGUAAGGAAAACGAACAAAAAGAUUUCAAUCUCUUCAGUAUUCUACACAACACCGGACAACUCAAGAACAUCAAUUCCAACAUCUUCAGCAUUACCUUAUACAUACUCAGUCAGUAACAAUAUGUCGAAGUUAACUACAAACGCUAGACCUGAUACAGUCACAGAAGCUGACGAUAGUGUUACUCUGCUGAAAGUUUACAUUUUGGCGCCAGUUGGACUAAUGGUUGUUGUCAUAGCUGUUGUUAUUCCUACUUUUGUUAUACAGAAAAGACGGAAACGAAGUAUCAAACGAAGAGGCGAUAGAAAUCGCCAUCAGAACGAGUACACUCAUUAUGAUGACUUAUACAAUUCGGAAGGCUAUUCACAGCCAUAUUACACAGCCAUGUCCAGUGGAAAUGAAGUCAUAAAUGGGAUACAGUUGACAACUUUUCAUAGCACGGACCUAUACGUGAUAAAUAAUGGUAUAGGUCAGGAAGAUGCGUCAUAUAUUACACCUCGUUAUGAAUCGACCUCGGAUACAUUUAACGCUGAAUAUACAUACAUUGAUGAAACACGGUUAUCCACAACAUCAGCAGGUUAUACAUAGAACAGAACAGAACACUGAUAUGCAACUUUACAGUCAUAAUCGUCAUACAUCUAAGACAAAUAUAAAGUCCUAUUGACUUAUCAACAAGGGAAUAUGUUAUGUUAUAAUCAAAUGCUUUGGUUGAUACUGCUGAAAUCAUAUGAUGUCCUUUCAGAACAAAAGCAAAACAGUCUACAAAAUUAUUUUAGUCUUAUUUUGGAUCUGUAACGCCACAGUGAUCUGUUAAACAAAGGAAAAAGAAUGACCUAUUAAUUGUACAUUGACACUGCGUUGUUAUCCUGUUUGGUCAUUAGAAGUCCUGUAGACUUAUCAUAAAGUUAAUUUUAAGCUAGUGUUAGUAUUAGGGGUAUGUGGGAAGCUGCUUAUGUCAUUUCCGCAGAUGAAUAAAAUUGAUCGAACCAAGUUUGCGGGUUAUUUUACAAGUUCUGUUUUCUAUUAAUAUCUGAUAUUCUUUUAAGACCAGCUUUUUUUUACUGCAAUAUGGACCUUUACUUCAUAUUUCAUAUGUCUCGGGGGGUAUGUAAUGAUGUUGAGAGAACUUGUUACCAAACCCUCAUGCAGAUACCGUUGUAUUUGAGAUGUACAUAUUAUAUAUAGGUAUGCAAUAAAAUAUGUUUAAAUUAACUAUAUGUCUCUGUGACCACACUUAAGGUCUGGUAUCCCUUUAGUUAUCGAUUCACUGGACAAGUCCGAUAUCACUUAACCAUCAAAAUUAGUAUUCCACUUUAACAUCUUCCCAAACAGGAAAUAAACAAAGUUUACUUAAAAUAUGUUAUAUACUAUUUGAUAUGUAAUUCAUCAAAUUAAAACAGUAUUCCUUAUUAGGAAAUAACUCCUUAUAUAAAUCACCGCUCUAUAGUUUGCGCUCUUUGGUCGUUUGUCUGGGCUAUUAAGUAAACAAAUAUAAAUGAAAUUAAUUUCUGAUAUCUUCGGACCUUGGACAAUAGUCCUGGCUACUGAUCGGAGAGUCCUUCAAAAUGCUUAUAAGCUGCAAUUUUGUAGACAGGCAAAAGAUGGUAAUAAAGGCGUAUUCCCUAUAACUAUAAUGUGCUUCUAUACACAGGAAAUAAAAUACGAACGUGUUGUUUACACAUGCUCUAGAACAAAUACUAAUGAAUUAGAUGUAUAUCUUUCCUGUUUACCAAGACCGCCUCGGUAGCCUAGUGGUAGAGCGUCCGCUUCGAGUGCGGGAGGUCGUGGGUUCGAUCCCCGGCCGCGUCAUACCAAAGACGUAAAAAAUGGUACUAGCAGCUUCCUCGCUUGGCGCUCAGCAUUAAGGGGAUAGUGCUAGGACUGGUCAGCCCGGUGUCAGUAUAAUGUGACUGGGUGGGAUAUCAUGCUACGUGUCUACGGCGUGAUAUUCCAGCGAGGCAGCACUAUAAAGUUGGGCACUGUGCUCACUGCUACAAGUAGACACCGUCGUUUAUAUGACUGAAAAAUUGUUGAAAAAGACGUUAAACCCAAACACACACAUUCCUGUUUACCAACGACCUGCGUCAUACAAAUAUAGAUAUAUACAAUUAUAAGUACAAUUAAUUAAAUUGUUACAAAAUGGAACACAUGUAUUUCUUGGUUAUAUGUCUGGCAAUAUAUACAAUGGGAGUAAGAUCAGCAUAUGUGCCGAAGGGAUACUUAGGCUGUUAUGAGGACAAGCUUACACGAAUCCUCGACAUUAAGUUAAGGAGCAGCGAAAGCAAUAGUGGGGGCGAAUGUAAACUUAGAUGUAGCUCCAGGUCCUACAGAUAUGCUGGAACCGAG